AUGAAGUGUUCUUGUAACAAUAAUUUGAUAAUACAAUUUUUGGAUGAUAAACUCUACAUUUAAACUUGUAAUAAUUCACAAAAUUUUAUCCCAAAAUAUCAAGGAUUGCCUGAACCUAUUAAUGAAGGUAAUGAAGAAAAUAAUUAAAUUGUUCGGUUUAUGUAAUAAUUUUCAAAUAAGAAUCUUGAUUAAAAUUCUUUUAAAUAGAUUUUUGAGUUCAAUGCAAAUAGUUAAAGUCAUUUUAAAAUGCCAAUUGAUAAUGAUAAUAAUUUUAGAACUAUGAGUUCUCAAUAGCCUAUUAUUAAUUCAUGCAUUUGCUAACAUCAUUAAAAAAAAUAGAAAAAAUUAAAACAGAAAGCGAAAUAACCACCGCCUAAACCGACUAUUGAAAAAACUCAAGAAAAUUCAGAUUCUAAAGCAUCUCAAAAAUAAUCGAAAGCUCAUUCUUAAGUGAAUGAGGAUAUUCGAAUUUUUGAAGAUAAAAUACGAUCAUACACAUCUGAAAUUGAUGAAUCGAAUAAAAAAUCAUUAAAACUUCCGCAAGAAUGGAUAAAAAGAUUGGGAACUUAAAAGAAGAAGAAGUGA